CGCCAGCGCCCGCCCCGCGGCGCCCGCUUCCAAGAUGGCGGCGGCGGUGCCUGCCCGGCUGCUGGGGUGGCGGUGACGACGGGACGCGCCAGGCCAGGUGGUGGACAGGGCCCGGCCCCGACCUGCCCCGCGCGCCCCUGGCAGAAUCAUGCUGCCCGCCGCCGGCCCUCCGCGAGCCCCCGUAGCCCCCCGCAGCCGGGAGAAGACCCCCUGAAGCCCGCAGGGCUCCCCCAGGAUGCUGCGGAGGCUGCUGGAGCGGCCCUGCACGCUGGCCCUGCUGGUGGGCUCGCAGCUGGCCGUCAUGAUGUACCUGUCGCUGGGCGGCUUCCGGAACCUCAGCGCCCUCUUCGCGCGCGACCAGGGCCCCACCUUCGAUUACGCACACCCCCACGACGUGUACAGCAACCUCAGCCAGCUGCUGGGGGGCCCCUCGGUCUCCAGGGACCCGCCCGCCCCCCAGGACCUGCCUGACUGUCCCGAGCGGUCCCCGCUCCUAGUGGGACCCGUGUUCGUGUCCUUCAGCCCCGUCCCGUCCCUGGCCGAGAUCCUGGAGCGGAACCCCCUGGUGGAGCCGGGCGGCCGAUACCGCCCCCCGGGCUGCGAGCCGCACUCGCGCACGGCGGUCAUCGUGCCGCACCGCGCCCGGGAGCCCCACCUGCGCCUCCUGCUCUACCACCUGCACCCCUUCUUGCAGCGCCAGCAGCUGGCCUAUGGCAUCUACGUCAUCCACCAGGCCGGCAACGGGACGUUUAACCGGGCGAAGCUGCUGAACGUGGGGGUGCGGGAGGCCCUGCGCGACGAGCAGUGGGACUGCCUCUUCCUCCACGACGUGGACCUGCUGCCCGAGAAUGACCACAACCUGUACGUGUGCGACCCCCGCGGGCCCCGCCACGUGGCCGUGGCCAUGAACAAGUUCGGGUACAGCCUGCCGUACCCCCAGUACUUCGGAGGCGUCUCGGCGCUGACCCCCGACCAGUACCUGAAGAUGAACGGCUUCCCCAACGAGUACUGGGGCUGGGGGGGCGAGGACGACGACAUCGCCGCCCGGGUGCACCUGGCUGGGAUGAAGAUCUCGCGGCCCCCCACGUCCGUGGGGCACUACAAGAUGGUGAAGCACCAGGUGGACAAGGGCAAUGAGGAGAACCCACACAGGUUCGACCUCCUGGUGCGCACGCAGCACUCGUGGACGCAGGACGGCAUGAACUCGCUGACCUACCGCCUGCUGGGCCGGGAGCGCCGGCCGCUCUACACCAACAUCACGGCCGACAUCGGCUCGGACCCGCGCCCGCGCGCCCCUGCCGGCCCCCGCUACCCGCCUGGGUCCUCCCAGGCCUUCCGCCAGGAGAUGCUGCACCGCCGGCCCCCCAGCCGGCCCGGCCCGCUGCCCACCGCCCCCCGCAACCACUCGGCGCCCCGCGGUGCGCCCCCGUGAGCGGCCGGGUGGGGCCGGGCUCCUCCGCGCGCUGCUGACUGUGAAGUAGGACAUCAGGACACUGGCCGCUGACCACCGAGCCCAGAGCACCCCCGCCCUGGGCUCAGAGCAGGGCUGGACCCAGGGCAGCCAGCCCUGGACCCCAAAACUAUUUAUUCUAUUUAUGGCCCCCAGGCAGCCCAGAGGGGCUCCCUGGAGGGUCCGGCUGGGGGCGGGAUUUUGAUAUAUUUUCUAAUAAAGAAUCACGGCUCCUUC